GCCAGGGUCCAAGAUGGCGCCAGCUCCCGCUGAUGUGUCAGAACCGGCCCCAAGAUGGCCACCUCCCCGCCCCUGCUCUUUGCUGCCAGGAGCUAAGAUGCCUUCCCCUGCGCCUUCGAUGUGCCUUACUUCCUGCCCAGCGUCCCUAGGCGGCGUCUAGCCCUUAUCAAGGAUGGCGGCCGGAAGUGCCUCCCGUUAUUAGGUGCCCACCCCUCACUCCUCGCCCGGUUGUUGGGGGUUCGCGGCCGAGAUGGCGGCGGCUGAGCUGGAGUACGAGUCAGUCCUCUGUGUGAAGCCUGAUGUCAGCGUCUACCGCAUCCCGCCGCGCGCUUCUAACCGCGGGUACAGGGCAUCUGACUGGAAACUGGACCAUCCGGACUGGACAGGGCGACUUCGUGUCACCUCCAAAGGCAAAACUGCAUAUGUAAAACUGGAAGAUAAGGUUUCAGGAGAACUCUUUGCCCAGGCUCCUAUAGAUCAAUACCCUGGCAUUGCAGUGGAGACUGUGACGGACUCCAGCCGCUAUUUUGUCAUUCGAAUUCAGGAUGGGACUGGACGGAGUGCUUUUAUAGGCAUUGGCUUCACGGAUCGUGGUGAUGCCUUUGACUUCAACGUCUCUUUGCAAGAUCACUUCAAGUGGGUGAAGCAGGAGACUGAGAUCUCAAAGGAGUCGCAGGAAGCUGACACACGUCCCAAAUUAGACUUAGGGUUUAAGGAAGGGCAAACCAUCAAACUGAACAUUGGGAACAUGACGACAAAGAAGGGAGGAGCAGCCAAGCCUCGGGUGUCUGGAUCAGGGGGCCUAAGCCUGCUGCCUCCCCCACCAGGAGGCAAAAUUUCAGUCCCUCCUAUACCUCCUCCUUCUUCCACAGCCAUUUCCAACCAUGUCACACCACCACCCAUGCUGAAACCCAGUAAUGUGAGCAGUGCAGAUAUUCUAUUAGACUUAGAUGCCCCUGCAUCUGCAUCCAAGCCACCAGCAUCAGCUGCCACAGACCUCUGGGGAGACUUCAGCACUGCAUCCAGUGCUGUUCCAAAUCAGGCUCCUCAGCAGUCUAACUGGGUCCAGUUCUGAAUGGUCAAAGCAGUGGAAUGGGACAAACUGAUGACCAAGAGGCUCUAGAGGCACCAAAUGGGAUCAAAUGAGGCACAAACCUCUCUAGUCUUCAAUCAAAAACAAAUCAGGACAAUCCUUCCUUUUAAAACCAGAUCUUCACUUAAGUUAAAGCUUACUGUUUUUGAUCCCACAGUGAAACUACUGGACCUAAAGAGAACAUACUGACUCUCCACAAGAUGGACAAGGAGGAGAGGGGUAGCCUCAUCUCUUCCACCUGCUUGACCAUUACAUGGUACAUCCUAGCUCUUUUUCCCUGUCUUUCCAUACAGGGAAAGUAAGAAUCUUGAAGAAGGUAAGUCCAGGAGGAGGCUGGGAGGUGCCUCUGGAUUCCUUGCCCUUUACAUUUUCUCUGGUUAGACUGUUGCUUUUUGUGGCUGUUUUCAAUAGUGACUCAAGUCUCUGCAGCUUGGCCUGCAGUGCUGAGGGCAGCUGCAUUUGGCUGCAGUUUGUAACUGGAAGCUGUAAGGAGAUAGGCCUUGUCUCAACACAAAACUCCAAUUAAUUAUGUCUAUGGUGAGGAGUGAACCUUGCCGUGCAUGCACUACUCUUCCUCUCUUUGGUGCAGACCUUGGUAGUGCUGGAUGUUCCUGUGCUCUUGUGGGAAGGGUCAUGCAAGUCCUUGAGUAGACCUGCUGCCGUUGUGCUGUAGCCCCAGGUGGGCACCCCAUCAUAAGGCUCCUUGCCUUUGGCUUGCAGGUUCACUGGAGGAAAUUCUCGAAUUUUCAGUCUUUUCUCCCUUCCUGCCCCAUGCAAAGGCCUCUGUCAUUGAGCUGUUUUAACUGGAAAUGACAUUUAAAAAAAAAAAAGCUUGUUUUUAUAAUUUGGUAGUUAUUUGCACUAGAUGACAACCAGGUAACCCCACCACUUGACAUUUCAUGUUCCUGCAUCACUAUCCUGAGCACUGGCCUUGUGUUGUGACUUGGCACUGUGUUACAAGUAUUGCAUAUCCAUGCCACAGUAAGGACUAUGGUGGGACAGUGGAUUAUGCGCUGGCGAAUUGAAAGUUUUCUUCCCUUCUCAGCUCACACUUAUCAUUUGGGCAAGAAAUGUAUAGUAAGCCCAAUCUUGAGAACUGUGGCAGUAAAAUUCUCCCACCUGUGUUCCUUCUUGUGGCUUUUUUCCUGAGGCUAGCUUUCAAGGGAUGUGAGCUGUUUAUUGUAAUUAGGAUUUUUUUUUUAAUUAUUAUUUUUCAUGUGCCCCAAACCCCCUUUAUUUCCUGUAUGGUUUAGGGGGUUAGAAAGAGGUAGAAGGCCCUUACUUCUGUUCUCUUUGGGAGAGUUUCAUAAGGCCCUUUGAUCUCGGCACUGUUCCAUCUUCAGCAGCUGUGGAUGGGGUCUGGGUUGUAAGUCUGUGGAUUACUCUGGGUAAAGCCCAUGGGCAAGCUGGAAACCUUGCAGUGCUAGCUACCUUAUGUGAUAACUGAUAAGUCAAAACAUUAGCUGGGAAGGUGGUCUCGGUGACUCUUAUCCAACUGCAAUAACACUAGGGUUUUGGUACUUCACUGGAAGGCUUCUUCCUGUUUUGAACACUCAACCAGCAGCAAUGCUUUUGUAACUGGAAUAUGCUCUGUUAGCACACCUGUGCAGUAAAUUUUUCUCAUUGGGCAAAGAUUUCCUGGUGAGGCUUUUAAAAGAGAGUAGUUAGCUGUAUGCACCUUGUACUUGUGAAGGUCCGUUGUUCUUUUUGUCUUCUUACUAUGCUGAGGGCAUUCUGGAGACAAAGUUUCACUUAGGCCAUCCCUCUGGGAAGCAAAAUGAUUGAAAACAGCUAUGAAGCUGCUGCAGUUCCUCUUGUGGAAGUGGGAACCAGACUGCUCUUGGAUGUAUUUUAAAGAAUAAUUUAAUCCUGACCCCCUGGUUUUUGUGGUGUUUCCUCUGCCACCCAUCCCCCACCUUCAUAGUCACUCUUGCAGUCUCAUUGUACUUAAACUCCCUGCGUCCUCUGAAUUUGUGGGUGGCUAUAAUCUGCUAGCGAAGUCAUGGACUCUGCUGGUUAGCUUUUUGUUUACUUUUUUUUUUUCCUAAAAUCAUUGUGAGGUCCUGUCAUUUCAACUGUGUAUGAGUUCUGGAAACCAAGAAGGUUCAUGGCACCAAUUAACAACUAACUAGGAUCCUUUUCUGUAUUGUCUUAGUUAGUAUUCUGGAGAUAAUAUAUUAUGUAUUUGAAAAGCUGAAGAAGCAAAAAUUGAAGAUGUAUGUAUAUAAAGCAUAAGAUGUACUCGUGCAAAUGGUAAUUAAACAAGUAGUCUUUGGGAAAAGAA